AUUUCACCAGCUGGUGCACUCUUGACUUCUCAGGAUACAUCUGGACUUAUGCAACGCAAAAAAUAGAAACUGUAUGCAGAUCCAGCCACACUGCGGGCCGAAACGACUCCACUUAGGCUCGUCCCGGCGCUUGUCGUCGCACCAAAGCGAAAUGAUUCGCUGAGAACGCUGCGUCAACUGGCGAGCACUAUCGGAAGCGCGCUCUCAUGGCAAGAAAGCCUGGCGUCGCGGGUUCGCUCGUUGCGAAUGAGGCACUUGUCACACCUGCACAGUGCAACAUUCCCUGAGAGCGUGCGUCAGUAACCAUGGCCACGAACACCAGUUCACGCGAGCACCCACUCCAACACCAAGCUCUUCUAUCACCGGUUACUGGAAGCAUGGACCAGUUGCCAACAGAAGGUUCAACCGCAAAGUCAAAACAAUGGCAAACCACCGUCACGCACGUGCCGAGCUGGCCUGAGGAAGGCAGAGCUCUUAGAAAUCACACAUGGCUCAAUUUCUUCUACGGCAUCGGCGAUAUUAUUCUUGUUCUACUGCCUGUUUACUUUAUUCUGCUUGCCGUCGCCGCCGCGACCUUGAACGGUAAACCAACCAAAGACAACGAUUUCGGCCGCAAGGUGGAAUUUGCUAUGGAUUUGGGUCCAACAAUGUUCCCCAUCAUUUUCGCGGCAAUCAGUGGAAGAAGUAUGAAGAUGAUAGCUCGAUACCUUGCUGAGAAAGGAACAAAACUAAGCAAUCUAGAGAUGCUGAUGGCGAGUCAAUCUGUGUGGGGCACAGUCGAAAGCCAACUGCUGAUGCAAAGAAUUACCAUUGUUGGAGCAAACUUGCUCUUCCUGUGGGCCUUGUCGCCAUUAGGUGGUCAAGCAUCUCUUCGUUUGAUGCAGAGAGGCAACCAUGCGGAUAUCACAUCGACCAAGCUACGCUACAUGACAACCGGUCCGGCCGCCGGUGCUUACAGUAUCACUACCUCAGGACUCUACGAUAGAAGGUCUGCUCAAGCUGGUAGUCUGUAUAACGCCGCUCUCAUGGCCCCACUGUCAACCAAGAUCGGCCCACAGGACUUAUGGGGCAACAUGAAAAUACCGAGUCUGACAUCUCUGAACUUAUCCACAUCAGAUCAAGAUGGAUGGAUCGACGUAUCUUCGAAAGAGUUCGUACCAGAAGACUAUGCAUCGCUUGUCGGAGUCCCCAUUGCUGGGAUACCGAGCAAUGCAAGCACUAAUUUUACAGUAGAGUACAACUACCUCACAGUGAGCUGCAACCCAUUCAUACAACGGCCGUAUCCUGGACUGCAUGGUACCAAUGACCCAACUUCCACGAACUAUAGCAAGCUAAAUGAGAUGGUACCUGGACGUAUCUGGCGUGAUAAAACCAUAAAAAGCGAGCAACCGUUCGACCCCUAUCUAGGCAGGGCUUCUUUCAUCCUUGAUACACCUCGGGAUCUGGCUCGUUUGGCCUAUUACAACGACCAAAAAGACGCCGAACUCUACCAGGCUCGAUUGGACAGUUAUGUGGGGUUCUACAACCAGUCGAGUAUAAGUGUGGCCGAGCGCGAGACUCCCCGUCAGCUGACAUUCGCAUCCGUCUAUGGUAUCGAUAUACGAGGGGAAGCCCAAGGUCUUAGCAUUACCAAUUGUUCGUUAUUUCAGCGGCACGUCGAAGCCUCGGCGGUGUGUACCGGAAGCAGUUGCGCUGUCAACAAGUUAAGGAAAUCGUUGACAGACACUCGGCCGGAUGCCCUCACCAUGCUGGAGAGCAUCACCCUCAUGUUAGCAAUGGCUCAAGAAUUUCCCACGGCAAUCAAGUUCGACGAAGGCUCAAGUCCUACGGAAUUUUUCAUGAUGAAUACGUCCGCAUAUCCCUACGCGCUGAGCACAAAGAAAAUGUGGCCAAACGACAUCUACGCAAACGUAUCGGAUCUCUCACCCGAGCUCUUUUCUCAAAGAUUCAGCUUGGUUUUGAACACAUACUAUCAAGUCAUGUUACAACCCUCGGGAUAUUUUGGUAGUCUGACUGGCAACUUGUCCGCGUACGGUCCAGAUACGCUACCAGUCACGGACGUCAACACAUACUUACCCGCAAAUUUCUCGGCUACCGAACAUACUUUUGAAAGUUGGAUCACCAAAUUCCAAACAGCCGUCAGCGGUCUGGAUUAUCCAUUUCUUGGUGCAACUACUACUGCUGCUGCGACAACAAGUAUGCAAAUCUUUGUAUGCAACUUCGCUUGGAUGGUUUUACUCCUUGUAUCGUCUAGCUCCAUCCUGAUCACUGGGAUGGUUGCUGUCGUGCUUAAGAGGAGAACUCUUGGGCCCGAGAUGUUUGGAUUCGUCUCAAGUAUGACUUAUGAAAACCCGUGGCUCGGUAUUCCUAAGGGCGGUACCAUGUUAGACGGAAUGGAAAGAGCAAGGCUACUAAAGGAUGUAGAGGUCUGCAUCGGAGACGUACGUGGAGAUGACGACGUUGGCCACAUUGCUCUCGCAGCAGGUGUUCCUUUGCGGAGCUUGGAGCGUGGACGCCUUUACUGCUAAUUGUGGCUCACGCCCGAGACUCCGAGAGUUGCAUGAAUGGAUCAUACUGUUCCGGUCCUACUAAUAUCCGCUUGUUGUGGCGCAGCACUGGAUACUGCGGCUGCGCACAAUGCAAUCACAUACUCGAGCAUCAACUAGACGCUCAGGGGCCACAUGGACCUUUCUGCUGUUAGCUCGCUAAAAUGAUUCUUGCAACCAAGAAUCUCUUUUGGG